AUGAACAGCGUCCGCCGCCGUCUCGACUCACUCGAGGCCCGGUCCUCCUGGUUCUUCGUUCGACUGUUGCUCCUCACAAGCUUCAGCUGGGCCCUCAAUGCGGCCGAGUUCGUGCUCUACACGUGCACGCGGCGAAGUAUGGUCGUCAGCAUCUCGAAGAGCUCCUUUAAAAGUAUCCGGCUGGCCAUCCACGUCUUGAGACCCUUUGGCGGCGGCCUGUUCUUGGGGGCCGUCCUUGGCGCGCCGCUGUUUGGACGCAUCGCUGACGUUAAGGGGAGACGCUGGGCCCUGCUAUUGGCCAAGAGUGUGUCGCUAUUCGGGUUGACACUGUCGAUCUUGGCGAGGAAGGACUACGAGCUCAUGAGUGCGCGAUUCCUGGUUGGUAUUGGGUUCGGUGGAGAGCUUCCGGUCGCCACAGUGCUGGUGCAUGAGUUGGCCCCGAGAGGCAUGCAACGUCGCAUGGUAGCGCUGCUAUACGCGUUCGCAGGCGUCGGGGGGAUCGUGGGGUUGGCACUGAACUUCGUUGUUGAGCCAAUGUUCGGUUGGAGGGGCGCGUACCUGGUGCUCUGCAUCGGUAUGUUGUACGUGGGCGCUCUGUGCUUCUUGUUCCCGAAGUCCCCGCGUUGGCUGGCGAGUGCUGGUCGAGAGACCGAUGCGAUGGCUGCAGUGGAGAACUUGGAGCGCGUUCAUGCGUCCCGGCUAGACUACGAUCGUGUUACAGGAGAGGAAUCUGUGCAGACGGAAGAGCUGGAGGCUUCUGUUGAGGCUGAGAGUUUGACAGAAACAGCGAAGCCACCAGUGCGUGACAGUGCUGCGAGAGUUUGGAUACUGUGGGCUGUGCUGGAGUUGUCCGGAUACGGACUAAGCGUGUACGUCCCGCUGCUCGUCAGUCUGUGGGGGUUCAAUAUGUUCUCCAGAUGGACUACGAGGGUCUUGCUUGGCCUAUCACAAGUUGCUGGCUCUGUGCUAGCCUCGAUGAUGAUGGAGGAGGUUGGCCCAAAGAAGCUUCUGGCUCGCUGUGCCGCUUCCGCGUCUUUGGUAGCGGUGAUCCUGAGCCAUGCUCCUUGGGACGGCCCUAUUGUCGUCAUCGGAGUGUGCAUGGUAUCAGCCUUACUCGCUGCUGGCUGGAGCUGCGCCCUCGUGUACGCACCGUCCAACUUCUCGACGGAGGUUCGCGGUCGAGGCGUGGGCUACGCGUUCGGCUUCAGUCGUUUGAGCGCCGUCAUCGGUGCUUGGCUGUACCCACGCAUGUUCAACCUUUGGAGGGUGUCGGUGUCUGCGAUAGCGUGGAUAUUCGCCGUGCUGCUUGUGGUGGUUGUGCUUUGGAUCGCCCGUCCGCUUGAGCGCAACAGCCUGCAGCUGCAGUCCAAUAAUGACAGCGAUGAAAAGGCCGAGUUUAAAGCCCGAGACAAAGUCGUCCAAGACGAAGAAGACGACGAUGACCUGCCACUGGUUGUAAACCGUGGCCGGUCGAACAAGGACGAAUAG